UAUGAUGUUUUGCAUGCAAGAUGAGCUUGCUGGUGAACACAUGACAGGCACAAAGGGUGCCUCUUGGCCUGGGGUGGUCUGGACCAGUAUAAAAGCUGGUCCAGCUGCAGGCUCCCUCAUCCACUUCUCUUACCUUCUCCUCCUUGGUGAACAAGGUGAACCUUCAUCCCUCAGCCAUGUCCUGCUAUGACCUGUGCCGUCCCUGUGGCCCAACCCCUCUGGCCAACAGCUGCAACGAGCCCUGUGUCAGGCAGUGCCAGGACUCCCGGGUGAUCAUUGAACCGUCUCCUGUGGUGGUGACCCUGCCCGGACCCAUCCUCAGCUCCUUCCCCCAGAACACCGCUGUGGGAUCCUCCACCUCCGCUGCUGUUGGCAGCAUCCUGAGUGAGCAGGGUGUGCCCAUCAGCUCUGGGGGCUUCAGCCUCUCUGGCCUUGGUGGCCGUUCCUACAGCAGAAGGUACCUGCCCUGCUAAAGCCCGGCUGGACGUCCAGAGCUGCAUCAACCAGGAAGCCCAAAUCCAUGUGCCGGACUGAGGACGGAGCUGCAGGCCAGGGUUUCCAGAUGGGCUGAGCACUGUCUUACUUUCCUGUAAAGGAGGGAGGGAAUCACGGUACCAGCCUGUGCUGUCUGGAAACUCGGCCAACUGAUGUCGUCUUCUUCGCCUGCUUUCUUCUCUGCACCAUGAGUCCCUGUUGUCUGCUGCUGUCCUGCGCCACCGGCACAUCCUGCAUCAAGUUGAGAGGGUUCCUGCUCAUCAUCCUCUGCUCAUGUGUGUAGGAGGAAGACGUGUGUUCCAUUGCUGUGAAGGAGUGCCUGUCUGUCAGCUGCCCUUGUAGCAGCCUGCACCAGGCCCCUUCCCCCAUACCCUGCUUUGUUUCAUUCUUUAGACUCAUUAAAAGUUAUGACGCAUUGUAA